UCUGGGAUGCUGGAGGAAAGCAGAAGUGUGAGUGGGAUGGAGACCCCGAGUGAGAUGUAAAUGGAGGAGGAGCCGUGGUUCCACCAGGAGAAGCUGGGCAUCCAUUCUGCCGUAAAGUCCUUUGCAUUAAAACACAAACGGCAUCCCUUCUCUCCAAAGUAAUCCAUUAUUGACAAUUAAUGUCAGACUGCACACUUGAGCAGCUUAAUGCUGCCUCUCUGGGUGGAACGACACUAAUGGAAAGAAAGCCUUAUAAGAUCCAGCUCAUCAAAAUACACCUAAGAGCAGCAUAAUGCCCUCAAAAGUAUCAUGCUUAUACCUGUUGACAGUGGUGUGCUGGGCGAGCGCUCUGUGGUACCUAAGUAUCUCCCGCCCGACAUCCACGUAUGUCAGCCAAAUGUCUGUGCCUAUACGGAAAACUGUGAAACCUCUGAAGAACACCACCUUCAACAACAUCCGCACCCGCCCCCUCAACCCACAUGCCUUUGAAUUUGUAAUCAACGAGCCGAAGAAGUGCGAAAGCGACACCCCCUUCCUGGUUAUCCUCAUCAGCACCACCCACAAGGAGUUUGACGCGCGGCAGUCCAUCCGGGAGACCUGGGGGGACGAGAGCACCCUCACGGACAUCCGCAUCCUCACCAUCUUCCUGCUGGGUAAGAACACGGAUCCCGUGCUGAACCAGAUGGUGGAGCAGGAGAGCCAGAUCUUUCACGACAUCGUGGUGGAGAAUUUCAUCGAUUCCUACCACAACCUCACCCUCAAGACCAUGAUGGGCAUGCGCUGGGUGGCCACCUUCUGCCCCAAAGCACAGUACGUGAUGAAGACGGACAGUGACAUCUUUGUCAACAUGGACAAUCUCAUCUACAAGCUCCUGAAACCCACCACGAAGCCCAGGAGGAGAUAUUUCACUGGCUACGUGAUUAACGGCGGCCCCAUCAGGGAUAUGCGCAGCAAGUGGUACAUGUCCAGAGACUUGUAUCCCGACAGUAGGUACCCGCCUUUCUGUUCAGGCACUGGCUAUGUGUUCUCAGCAGAUGUAGCCGAACUCAUCUUUAAGACUUCAUUACACACAAGACUGUUGCACCUGGAGGACGUGUAUGUGGGACUGUGUUUGCGAAAGCUGGGCAUACACCCUUACCAGAACAGUGGUUUCAAUCACUGGAAAAUGGCCUACAGUCUCUGCAGGUACAGGCGGGUUAUCACCGUCCACCAGAUCUCCCCGGAGGAGAUGCACCGCAUUUGGAAUGACAUGUCGAGCAAGAAGCACCUCAGAUGUUAAGAGGACGCGAAGAUCCAUGAAGAACAACGUUCACCUUUUUUUUUUGUUUCUGUCUUUCCCGCUCCCUUUCAAAUAAUUGCCAGAAUGAGUAAAGCAAAAACUGUGAAGGCUGCUGCAAGUCUCUGUAUUGUGACAGAUGCCUUCGUUAACAUCCAUACCUGUCUGCUUCUGCUGAUUACGUCUCAUGAUUGCUAAUUAAUGUGGGAGGCUUGUAAAGUGUCUUUUCUCAUGCAUACUUUAGUGUUACUUUUUUUUUUCUUUCUUAAAUUCAAAGUCCUACGACUUGCUGGCAGUUCCUUAUUAGAAUCAAGUCAGUAAGAUUCAUAGUUGCAGCCUAACCGGUAGAGACAGCAUGUCAUUCAGACGGCCUUGGUUCGAGCCCUCGCACCGACAACCUUUUUUGCCUGUUUUAAGUGUCCUUGAGCAAUAAUCUGUACCAGCUCCACGGCUGCUGAGCCUGCACCCUGACCCUCCUGCAGGAGAGUAAGCCAAACCAUAGGAAUGUUAAGAAAUAAGUCAAAUAUUACAUCGCUGUAUAACUUCCCAGUAGAUCAGUCUAGUUUAGAGGAGCUUCUGAACAAUGAGAACGCAAAAGUAACUCUGAUAACCAGGUCGUUAAUAUCAUUUCUUAUGCUGUUCCCCUCCUUUCUCCAUCUGUUUAAUGAAGCUGAAAAUAAGCUGCAGUGUAUUAUCCAUAUCCAACACCACGUAAGCUGAAAUGAUGGUACGAUAGAACCUAAACUAUUUCUGAAUUUGCUUGUUUUAGUUUAGUUUUUUUUAUUUUACAUGCUCUCAUCAUUACAUUGCCUUUCCCUCUGAAUUAUUCCUGUGUGCUGUGUAUUUUGGUUUUUAGCUGCACUUUCUUGUUUUCCCUCUUUGACAUCUCCAAGCUAGGCCUAAUUACACGUCUCAGCUACCAGCUUCUUAUUACUGCAGCUGCUGCUCCCCGGUUAUUUGUGCUGUACAUCAGCAGCUGUUUCAGCUCAUCGGCUCCUCCGCGCACCAGGAGAAAAAUACUGUAUCACGCUGUGGACGUCUCCGUUUAAUCCUCCCUGAGCUCAUUUACGGAGUGGAUGUAUCGUCGUACAUAACUGGGAUUAUCAGUGAACGCGGACGCACUGCUAAAACAAUGUCCUGGAAAAAGGAAAUGUGGCUUUGUUGGCCAAAUUUUCUUUUUUUUUUCCUGAGGUUUUGUAGUAUUAUAAUCAAAUGUGGCAUUUACUGUG